CAUUCUCUGAAACUUUACUUCACGUUACUUUGAGGUUCAAGUCCAGUCCAAUCGAAAACAACGGCAGAAAUCUGGUCAGCAAGCCGUCACACGGGAAGGAGUGUGAAUUUGACAGGCGACAACAUCUACCUGAGGGUGUUUUGACACAUUCCAAGCUGACGCCAUGGGGGACAUCCAGAAAGGGAAGAAGGUGUUUGUCCAGAAGUGUUCCCAGUGCCAUUCCGUGGAGGAAGGGGGGCGCCAUAAGAUGGGGCCAAAUCUCUGGGGGCUGUUUGGACGGAAGACGGGGCAGGCGCCCGGAUACUCCUACACUCAGGCCAACGUGGAGAAAGGUAUCAUUUGGAAUGAGGAGACUCUCGACAUCUACCUUGAAAAUCCAAAGAAGUACAUUCCGGGUACCAAGAUGCUCUUCAAUGGGAUCAGAAAGAAGAAGGAAAGAGCAGAUCUGAUUGCCUACUUAAAGGAUUCAACUUCCUAAUAUACUGACGCUGCUGACCAAACACCAACAGCUACACUGCGAGGGAUUAAAUAAGUUAAAACGUGCUUUUUCUCUUAUUUGGGGAAGCUUAUUUCUGCCGAGGUUUCAGAAGCUGAGAGACUUUGACUUUAUUAUCCACAAUGGCUUUUAAUUACCCCCCUGGACAUUGUGGAAGUAGCUGCUCUACGCACAAUGUAACGCUUUUAUCAUACUUUUCAAUUAUUUAUAUCUAUUUUUUAUUCUAACAUAUUGAAUUGUUUUUAUGUUCAAUCGAACGGAUAUGUUUGGAUUUGUUUGAGCUGUUUUUUUGAACGAAAAAGACAUUUUAGCCUUCCACUCCUCUCAGGUUAUAAGGACAAUGAGCUCAAACAAAAUGUUUCAUUUGCAAUGUACUAGAACAGGUCAUGACUUGGGUUGAGUGAAUAUUCAUAAUUCAGCACUUAGAGCAAUAAAAAUAGGUUCCGUAAAGUCUUUCAAUUUCUUUAAGGGUGUUUUAAAAAGUAAGAGUCACAGAAUAAACCUAAUUUUUGUCCUAUCUGGUA